UGAAAAUGAAGCCUGAACCGUUGGAUCAGAAAUGGCACUCUCAAAACGACAAGGCAAAGAGAAGCCAAAAGGCGUUAUAAAAGGAAGAAGGUGAAGAGUUGCUCGACCACUCAAGCAAGAGGUUGAACAACAAAAGUCUACUUGUAAGCAAGAAAGGGGAAUUUGAAAUGGCUACCUCUAUGCUUUCAACUGCAACUGUGGCUAGCAUUAACAGAGCUAGCCCUGCUCAAGCCAGCAUGGUGGCACCAUUCACCGGCCUCAAGUCCACCUCCGCCUUCCCAGCCACCACCAAAACCUCCGCUGAUAUCACCUCCCUCGCCAGCAACGGUGGCAGGGUCCAAUGCAUGCAGGUAUGGCCAACACGUGGCAAGAAGAAGUUUGAGACUCUCUCAUACCUUCCACCACUCUCAAGGGAGCAAUUGGCCAGUGAAAUUGACUACCUUCUUCGUUCCGGAUGGAUUCCUUGCUUGGAAUUCGAGUUGGAGCAUGGAUUUGUGUACCGUGCGCACGGUAGCUUACCAGGGUACUACGAUGGACGUUACUGGACAAUGUGGAAGCUGCCAAUGUUUGGGUGCACAGAUUCAUCGCAGGUGUUGAAGGAGCUUGAUGAGCUUAUCAAAGCUCACCCAGAUGGCUUCGCUAGGAUCAUUGGCUUCGACAAUGUUCGCCAAGUCCAGUGCAUCAGUUUCAUUGCCUACAAGCCUCCCGGCACCGAUUAUUAAAAUUUCCUUGCUUGUUGACGUUAUCCUCUCUGGGUUUUCUUCACUGAGUUUGUUUUUCUGAAUUUUUUUUUUUAGUUUUUGUAUCUUUCCUUUUCCUCUUUCUUCAUCGGAGUUUUUCCGAUGGAAAUGGAAUGGAAGAUGCGAUGCUGAAUCUUAUAAACUAUUCAAUAUUUUCUUGUUAUUAAUCGUAUCAAACUUAUAUGUUCUUAAUUUUAAUGUUUUUAUGUUGUGAUGGUGUUGUAUAAAUAAUGGAUUAUGUUUCUCUUGAAA